AUGUAUCUUCCUUCUAGUGGCAACUGCAGCAACUUCCACAUCAACCCGGUCCCCAGUAAUCUGGACCUCUUUUCUUCCUGCCAGGCCCAUAUUGAGAAAGCCAGGCCACAGCUCCAAAAGCAACUAGUGGUGGGUCAGUGGAAGCCUCUUGCAACAACUAACAGAGGACAAGAGUUACAGCCUCCAGAGCCUUCUGUCAAGAGCCUGGCUGGUGGGGAUGAGAACCAGUCGGUGGCACAACUGAACGUCUCCCGCUUGCGCAGCUCCUCGGUAGAAAUCCGUGAGAAGGGCUCUGAGUUCCUGAAGGAGGAGCUCCAUAGAGCUCAGAAGGAAUUAAAGUUGAAAGAUGAAGAAUGUGAGAGACUUUCCAAAGUCAGGGAGCAGCUGGAACAGGAACUGGAAGAGCUGACAGCAAGCUUAUUUGAGGAAGCCCACAAGAUGGUCCGGGAGGCAAACACCAAGCAAGCAGCGUCAGAGAAGCAGCUGAGGGAGGCCAAAGGGAAGAUUGACAUGUUGCAAGCAGAAGUGACAGCCUUGAAGACGCUAGUAAUAACGUCAACUCCUUCCUCGCCAAAUCGGGAGUUGCACCCACAGCUUCAGAGCCCUGCCAAAACAGCCUUCAGAAAGGGACAUGGACGCAACAAAAGCACCAGCAGCACCGGGGCAAUCACAGUUGUUGGCCAAAGCGCACCCCAGGAAUCAGUCAACAGCGAAUUCAAAGAGGUGGAUUCCAUCUUGUUUGCAGAAUUUCAGACUUGGAAGGAGUCUCCAACAUUGGAUAAAUCAUGUCCUUUUCUCAAGAGGAUUUAUCAUGAAGAUGUAGGCCCUUGCCUGGACUUUACCAAGCACGAACUUUCAGAGCUGAUUCAGGCAGCUGUGGAGCAGAACACCCUUACCAUUGAGCCAGUGGCUAUCCAGGCGUUGCCUGUAGUGAAGGUGUCAGCCAUUGAAUGCGGUGGACCAAAUGGGUUCCGGUCCCAAAUUAUAACGAAAUGCGCUCUGAGUGGCCUGUCCCGAGCCUGCAAGCAUCGCAUCAAACUGGGGGAUUCUGGGAAUUAUUACUACAUUUCCCCUUCUUGCAGGGCCAGGAUUACAGCCGUAUGCAACUUCUUCACUUAUAUUCGGUACAUCCAGCAGGGACUGGUGAGACAAGAUGUGGAAUUGAUGUAUUGGGAAGUUAUGAGGCUUCGGAAGGAAAUGUCCAUUGCUAAAUUGGGCUUCUAUCUCAGCGAGAUGUAAAUGGAAGAUGAUGAUCAGGAAGGAUUUUUGCCUUCAGUUAUUCUCUGGACACCCAGAAAAUCGAUGACAGAAUGUCUGCUCAUACUCAAGAUGGCGCAAUAUUAAUUGAAAAUGUAAGAAGCACAGGCUUUCCUUGUUGAGUGGCAGUCUCAGUUUCCUGAGAGCACCUACUCCGGGCAUUUUUACCGAGUGAAUAUGAGCUCUCUGGCACUAUGGAGUGAGGCCAUGUUGGGACUCCUGCUUUUUUUCUAUGCAUUUCUCCUCAGCCAGUAUAUAAUAUUCUACUUAAAAGCCACUAUAUAUACACACACAUAUAUAAAUAUAUAAAAAAUAUUCCUGAGGUCUCGGCUGCACCUUGGGCUCAUUACCUGCUUGCCACUCUGAAAUCUAAAUGCUGUUGGUCAUUGCUGCAUAAUGGAUAGACAGAUAAACUGCUGCUCCUGCUUUCCAAAGGCAUGCCCCUGUUGAAAACAGCCUUCCUUGAGAGCUGCAAGGUGCAGAUUCCUCCAGUAUUUCUGAGGAGCUUGAAAGAGAUAACUGGGAAAGGUUUUGCUUUCGAUUCUGAUUGUAGCUCAGGGUUUUCCUUUGAGGGAUCCACGGACCCUUUGACAAACUCGGCAGGCUGAUAUUAAAGCCACUCCUGAUCAAAACCCCAGUUGUGAUGGAAGGAUGGGGAAAUGACCUAAUGGAUAGCCACUCAUGACUAAUAAACUUCUUUUUUAUGCCAUGGACAUUCUAGAACAAGCUCUUUCCACCUGAAAUCAUUUCUC